GAGGGGAAAGAUGGCGUCCUCUAACAAUCCUCGCAAAUUUAGCGAAAAAAUCGCUUUGCAUAAUCAGAAACAGGCGGAGGAAACCGCCGCGUUUGAAGAGGUGAUGAAAGACUUGAACAUCACCAGAGCCGCACGGUUGCAGUUACAGAAGACCCAGUAUUUGCAACUAGGGCAGAAUCGUGGACAGUACUAUGGAGGCUCACUGCCCAAUGUCAAUCAGAUUGGAAAUGGCAACAUUGACCUGCCUUUUCAGAACUCUGUGCUGGAUACCAGUCGGACAACUAGGCACCACGGGCUGGUGGAGCGUGUUUACCGUGACCGAAACCGCAUCACCUCUCCUCACCGUCGCCCGCUGUCCGUCGACAAACAUGGACGCCAGAUCGACAGCUGUCCUUACAGCUCAGUUUACCUCUCCCCACCACCAGACACUAGCUGGAGAAGGACAAACUCGGACUCUGCCUUACACCAGAGCGCCAUGAAUCCAAAGCCCCAGGAGGUGUUUGCAGGGGGAUCACAGGAGCUGCAGCCUAAACGAGUACUGCUGCUAACAGUGCCUGGGACGGAGACUUCAGAGUCCAAUGCAGACGAGGAUCUGCAGGAACAGUUGUGGGAUGACAAGAAGGAUGAUUCAUCAAAGCCCAACACGUGUGAUGUGCCGGGAAUCAAUAUAUUCCCAUCACCAGACCAGGAGUUGAACCCGUCGAUGCUCCCGGCUGCACACAACACCGGUGGUUCGCUGCCUGACCUGACCAACAUCCAGUUCCCUCCUCCACUGUCCACCCCGCUGGACCCCGACGACACCGUGGCCUUCCCCUCCCUCAGCUCGUCCAACAGCACGGGCAGCCUGACCACCAACCUCACCCACCUGGGCAUCAGCGCUGCCAGCCAUGGUAACAGUUUCCUAUUUGAAAACGGGAUCCCCACCUCCUCUCAGCCCACCAUGACUGUAACGACCCAGCGCCGGCAACCACCCGUGGUGCCGCUCACCCUCACCUCUGACCUCCAUCUCCAACAGUCCCCACAGCAGCUCUCACCCACACUCUCCUCACCCGUUAACAUCACGCAGGCCCUGUCAACAGAGUCGUUGACCCUGGAGCAGCAGCUCUCCCAGUACCCCCUGUUCAACCAGUUAACUGCUCAGGCCCAGGCUCAGCUGAUCAGUGACCUCCAGAAGCAGCAGCAGGCGCUGCCGCAGGGCAUCCAGCUCAUCACCUUGCCACCUCUGUCCUCACCUGGUACCACUGCCAGCAGCCCCUCCCCAGACAGCCAGAGCCAGACCACCGCCAGCAUCAGUAUCGGCUCGCACAUUCCCGUGGUGGGCAGUAUAUUUGGCGACUCCUUCUAUGAUCAGCAGAUGGCACUGAGGCAGACCAAUGCCCUUUCUCACCAGCUGGAACAGUUCAACAUGAUCGAGAACCCCAUCAGCUCCAACAGCCUUUACAACCAGUGCUCCACCCUCAACUACACACAGGCAGCCAUGAUGGGCCUCACCGGGAGCAGCCUACAGGACUCGCAGCAACUCGGCUACAGUAGCCACGGCAACAUCCCAAACAUCAUCCUAACAGUCACAGGAGAGUCUCCGCCGAGCCUCUCCAAAGAGCUGACCAACUCUCUGGCGGGUGUCGGUGACGUCAGCUUCGACGCGGACUCUCAGUUCCCUCUGGACGAGCUGAAGAUCGACCCGCUCACCCUGGACGGACUGCACAUGCUCAAUGACCCCGACAUGGUGCUUGCUGACCCCGCCACCGAGGACACAUUCAGGAUGGACAGGCUGUAACGCAAGAAGCCGACUAUGGCCGAGAACAAGAAGAAAAAAAAAAAAACACUAACUUGUGAAUGGAAAGAAACAAAGGGCCGGAUGAACCCUCUCCCUCGUUGCAUGGCCGUCCAGCUGUCUGACCUCGCCCUCAACUCCGUGAAGCCCUUUUGAAACGAUGCGCCACCAAAAGACAACAGGGAAAAAGACAUCCAGUGGCUUGCCGGGGAAUGGCCUCGCUGUCGUUUUGAAUGAGAUUCGUCGCUCAGCGCUUUCGCUAGCCUGCUGUGUUUACAGUAUACCAUUACAUGCCACAUAUAUUCCAAAAACGCACAUUUGACAAUUAUUUUUCUUCUCAUAUCCACUUUAAUAUUUGAUUUUUGUUUGUCUGCUCGUAGCAGGAAGCACAUUGGGCUAAAGCGUACCCAUUAUACCGGCUGUGUUUGGGGAAAAAACAAAAGGAAAAAGAAAAACAUACCACAGCCGGUCUGCUUUUACCCUGCAAUCAAAUGAACCGGUUUUCCCAUCAUGCCGUAACGGCUUUCAAUUUCACACUCAAAGCUUUAUUUUUGACAACCAAAUGUUAUUUUCAUCAUGCACUGUAUGUUUUGAUGCUUUGUGUUUACAUAUUCUAUUUAUUUAUUUAUUGAGUUAAAGAUUUUUAUAUUCCAUUUCAUAAUUUAAAUUUGAUGCCAAAAUGCUAUCUGUAGGCAUAGUGUACAAUUGCACUGAUGUAAUUUGUGUCUAUUUAUUAAUUACUAACAUAUUUAUAUAUCUGUUUGUUAAGCUACUUGGUUAAUGAAGGAGUGCAAAACCUCCCCACAGUUGCUCUUUGGUGUUCGAUGUGCCAUUCUCUGAUGUAGGACGUGGUAGACGUUGCCAUGCUGCAGCCCAACGGUCAAAUCUAAAUAUCAUAGUUUUUAGCACAGCGCCAGAAAAUGCUGCGUGCUCCAGAAAUGGGUUGGUUUAUCGCCACUUGAAUUAACUUUUUCUGAGAAAAUCAUCAGGUAUUUCUAUUUAACUAGAAAGCAAGAAAAACAAAUCCAAAUUAAUUUUCUGCCAGUGAAAAGCCAAUAUAUAUAUAUAUAUAUAAUAUAUAUAAAU